UCAUCCCCGCGAUCCUCACACGACGCCCCGCCAUCGCGUACCACAACCACACUACCACUUGUCUUUUCUCUACCCCGCUCGUGAAUCACCGGUUCCCGCGAUUUAUUUGUUGAUUGUUGACAUCUACUGAUCGGUGAACGGACGCAUCGAAGACGAAUACCUACCGAAUGUCGAAUCACUUGUGUUUUGCUCUCUCAUUUUGUUAUCGGUUCCUCGAACGGCUCCCUCGAUACGAAUCCUGUCCGCGCGUUAUCGUAUAGACUUCUCCGUCCGCCGUCCCGCUAAAAACCGCAUCCAUGUAAUCUGACUGGCAACGAGUUUCCCGGGUAACUGUGGCGUUCCAAGUCACUUGUACAACGAUUUUUGGACGCGCCUGUCCUGCUCGCACGUGAACUGCGCGUUUCCUGUCAUCACAUCCUGUAUUACAAACGAGUACAUACCAACAAUGGAUAAAUUGGAGAGAAAGAAAUCUGCUGGUUUAAAAGAAACCAAUAAUCUUUUAAACCUAGAAGCAAAUUUUAUUGGAUUUGAUAUUGAUGAUGAAGUAUUGAUAAUAAUUGAAAAUAAGAAAAAAUCAUUAAAAAUGGAACUUAGUAAAGAAACAGGUGAACCUAUGGAAGUAGACGAGCCAAAUGACAGUCCAUCCAUUGUUAAUAAUAAUCAUGUUAAUAAAAAGAAACAAUCUAAAUCAAGUAUAUCAUCACCAGAACCUAAUGAUGUAAAGAAUAAUCGAAGUAAUAAGAGGCACAAGAAAGAUAACACACGAAAUGAUACCUUAGAAUCUUUGGAAUUAAAUGUUCCACCUUCUUUAGAACUUACUACUCCUACAUUUAACUUGACUUCUAACAGUAGAACGCGCCGUAGUACAGGCAGAAAAAUUAAUGUUGACAUAACUGAUGCAAUUUUUAAACUCCCAUUUGAGCAUGGAUGGAAACGAGAAUUAGUAUAUAGAACAUCAGGUGAAUCUACUGUUCUCAAUCGGGCAAAUAGAAGUGGUGAUGUAUACUAUUAUUCUCCAAAUAACCGAAAACUACGAUCAUUACGAGAAAUUCAGGAACAGUUGGAUAUCUCAUCUGAUAAAACUUCUCUUACUAUCGACAGUUUUACUUUUUUAAAACAACCAAUUGGCAUGAAUGAUAGAUCAAAAGAACUGAUCAGAGAUGCAAAUUCUAAAUUAUCUAAGGAAGACUCUUUUGUUGGUGUUGCUGUUCGGCCUAAAAAAUCUAAAACACCUGUACAGCGCCCACCAUUUGAUUAUGAAUUGUCAGAUGAUGAAAACAAAAAGUCUGCUAGUAAAAUGAAAAUUGUUUUUAAAAAUGCAAAGACUUCCUCAAGAUCAAGAUCCAAAAAAGGGAAUUCAGAAUCAAUGAAUACAUCUUCAUCCACACCUGAAUAUAUAUCUGAAGACUGGCAAGCUAUUCAAUCUAGUGUGUCACCAAAAGUUUCUCCUAAACUUGAGAAUAUUGAUAUAAAUACCACAACCAUUAAAAGACGGUUGUCAACAUCAGAUGGGGAAAUCAUCAUGCAGGCUCCUUGUGGUAUACGGUGCCCUAACAGUGAUGAACCUGCUUCUUUAAUGUGCACUCAAUGUCUGGUCUACUAUCAUCCAGCAUGUGUCAAUAUAAAUGCUCAGUUAAAGAUUGUUGGUUAUGUAUGUUUAAACUGUCGAUCUAUUGUGCAACAAAGAAAUACACGUGUACAGUCAUCUCAUACUGUGGUUGUUGGUGCUACUGAACCUGAGCAACUACGCGUUGAACCGAUUCGUAUAAGACAAGUCCAUCAAGCUUCAGAUACUCCUAAUUUCUUUAUUGAUAGAACGCCAAUUUCUAAAAUUGAAGAACCACAUUAUGAAAUUGAUGAAUAUAAAGAUGAAAAUAACCUUGAUAUUAUAAAUACUGUUAUAUGUCAAGGAAAUGUAUACAAAACUACAAUGGUUGAUGGCAGUUUUCAUGAACAGUAUGUUUAUGAAAUGAAACAAACACGAGGACCUAGUUUGAUGACUUGUGUUGUUCAAGAGCCCAAAAAUUUGGAAGAGAAUUCUGAAAUGAAUGGUUCAUUUAAAGAAAUUGCAACUACUUUCUCAUCCAUGCAAUCAUUCAACUACAUGGUUAAAGCAUUGAGACACGUUUUUAAAUAUUUAAAAACACAUGAGCUUUUAUCUGCUUCUAGAGUAUGUACCGCGUGGCAUAUAAUUGCAAUGAACAAGUUCUUAUGGCAAAAUGUUCGUUUAAAAAAUUCUAUGGUCUAUGACUGGGAAAGGUUUGUAGACUCUAUUGAUCAUCAAAGAACUGAUACUUUAGAUACUAGACGUAUGUUAAUACCUAUAAAAGUUGAAGAAUUCGAAAAUUUUUGGUUGCAUUUUUCCAAAGCAAUGAAAAGAGCACAGAAGUUAAAAUUCAUUGAAUUGUAUAGAUGUCCUACCCAUGUAGUUGAAGAUAUUAUUUACUCAUUACCUCAAAUUGAAGUACUUAAUGCAACUUCAAUAAAAAAUCCAAAUGUAACAAAAGAGGCCAAAAAUCCCAAUGAUUUUAUGGCCCUAAGCUUAAAUUAUUUAGGCCAAAUGACAAAGCUCACUGAGUUAAGACUAAAAGGUUUAACUGGAAUCAAAUUAACGUCAUUGCCAUCAUUUGAAAAUUUAAUAAAUUUAAAUAAAUUUUCAUUAACUUCCAUAAAAUCAUUUCCAAAAGACAUCUAUCAGAGUUUGGAUACUAUUACUGAAAACAUAGAGUUUUUGGAAAUUGGCGAUUGCGAUUGCUUAUCAAAAGAUUUUGCUGUGUCACUAAAAAGAUUUGUCAAUUUGAAAUCGUUGAGAUUGGAAAAUUGUUGUGGUAAAUGGGACAGUUGUGCACAAGAUGUUUUUACUGCUAUUAGGGGUCUUGAAAAGCUCACUAUUUUGGAAUUGGUCAACAUAGAAUUCAGUAAUUGUGUUGAAGAUGAGUUGGAAAAAUGUGUUGGUAUUAAAGCUUUACUGAUUAUUCCUGCUUAUGUGAGCCAAUCUGCAACUACCAACUGCCACUUGAUUGACUGUCUCAAGAAACUCUCCAAGACAUUAACACACUUGGUUUGGGGAUUGACUCAUGAAUUACUCCGUGUUACUGACUUAUUUAUAACUCAAUAUCAACAAAACCAGCAUAGUAUUGGUUAUAAUUUAGAAUUAUCCCAUACCAAAGAAACGACCAACAACAUACCUAUACUUAGGACAAGAAAACCCAGACAGCGACCAGGAGAAGAGUCGGCUCCCGAAAAGGACAAGGAAAAAGACAAAUCAGAUAACGUUGAUAUACUUUCAGUUCCUGCUCUAGAGAAAUUGUUAGAUACAAUGAUGCCUGAUGCUAAAACUAGGGUAAUUAAGGUUCCCUUUUCAGGAACAGUUAGAGUUUAUUUGAGUGAACAGUUUAAUGAUCUUUGAAUUAAAAAUGUUUAGUAUCCAUUUGUUUCUUCACACUAAAACCCGUUCAUAUUAUGAUUCUAUUUUUGUGAACAUGAAAAUUUUUUUAUUGUAAUUCAAGGUUGAAGAUAUUAAUAACAUUUUAAAUUAUUAGUUAUAAUGUAUAUGUAUUAUGUUUUUCUGUAUGUAUAAUAAAACUGAUCAUUAAGCAUAAAUGUUAUCAUACAUUUAAUAGAUUUAUAAUUGUAAUAAUUUUAUUUCAUUUAUAACUCAUAUUUUUUUUUCAUUUUGUAAAUAAUAUAAAACUAUAAUUUGAAAAUGUAAAUUUUGCUAUUCAUUGUAUAGUAAAUUAAUUUUGAUUCAAUUCUAAAUAAGUUAGAUUCAAAGAACAUUUAAAAAAAUUAAAGUAUUCUGUAUACUUUUUAUAAAAAAAAAAACAAUUCACGCAGUAUAUCAUUUUUAAAAUUGAAAUCAAUUGUCUUUAAUUUAGAUAUGAUUUUACUAUUAAAGUUUAUAAACAUUUUUAUAAAAUAAAAAAUAAUUCAAUUUCAUUAACCGACUAUGUGCCUUGCUUAAAUACAAAAUGAAACUUUUCAAGCAAUCGGAAAAUAAAUAACCCAACUUUUUUUUUGGUAAUAAUACUUUAAAUUGAUACGUAAGUGAAAUUGUAUUUCAAGUUUUCGCUGAGUAUUAAUUGUUUAUUUUUCAUAUUAAAUUCUAUGUUAACCUGCAUGUUGAAGAAAAUAAUUUUCUAAUAUAUAAUUUAUAUACAUUUAUUAUGUAUCAAAAAUUCAAAAUUGUAUGUAAAAAUAUUUUAAGCUUUCUACAUUAGUAUUAUUCAAAACUUGUCUAUAACAUAAAUAGUUGUUAGAUAUAGUCAUGCAUAUAAAAUGUAUAUUAAAGCUAUUAAUACCCAUUUUGCAUAAAUUUCAAAUUUAACUUUUAUUGUAUGUUUAUAUUAUGGUUGUAUGAGGCAGUUAAAUCCAUUCUUAACAAACAGUUGUCUUAGCACAUCAUUAUAUUUGUAACCGUUCUGAUGAUAAAACUAUUUGACUACUUCAUAUAAACUAGAGUAAUAUAGUUAUAGUCAUAUUACUCUAAUAUAAACAUACAAAUGCAUAAUUAUCUGUUUUGUAAAUCUGUAGAUAUUAUACUGAGGUAGUACAAAGGUUCCUAUGACUACAAUUACUUUUGUCAAUAGUCACUCUUCAACACCAUUUGUUUUCUAAUUUUAUGAUCUUAGGAUUUGAUGAUUUAAUAUUGUAUACUAAUUUUUUUGAAGUUUUUUUUAUAAUAAACGUUAUAAAAGUUA